AUGGGUGGCCUUCACGACCUACCAUCCGAGCUCAUCGCAAGCAUCGUCAGCUUGCUGGAGAACAAUGACAUCUUUCAAGCCCGGCUCACUUCUCGCCGUGUAGAGCGCUCAUGUCUGUCACUCUUCGGCAAACGCUUCUUCCGCAAGCGAGGCUACAUGCUCACCUCUUCAAGUCUGGAUGUACUAGCCUCCAUCGCCAAGAACGAUGGUCUACGAACGUAUGUUCAGCAUGUAUGGUUCAAUCCGGAUUGCUUCACUUUCGUACGACCGGAAUGUGCUCCCGAUCCGCAAGAGACACCGGAGCCAGGCAAUCCGGAUAGUCUGCUUGAUUUGCUGUCGCCUACAGACAGAAGACAGUACAUUGCCUACCAAGCUUGUAUGGAAGAUCAUGCUGGAUUACUUGCGAACUCUGCAGCACAACUGCAGGGCAGACUCAGCGAGAUAUUUGCCACUCUGCCGAACCUGAAGAUCAUUGGUAUGCGACGAAGCGAAGACCAUGCACCAUGGGGCUGGAGAAAGCUAUACAACGAUGUGGGAGAAGAUCCACGUGUCCUUGGUCCCAUCCCAAAUGGUCCUACAUACUCCCUAUCCGGCCCUUCUAGACUAUUCGUGGGUCUCGUAAACGCUGUAGCAGCAUCUGACAUCACGUUACGCCGCUUCUAUACUGAUGCAGUCGAGAUUGGCAGUAUACGAGCUGAUGUCCUCACACAAGCAACUGUCGACAAAGCCUGCGGCCCGAUAUGGUACCUUGAGAUCAACGUCAUUAAAGGCUGGAUCAAUGCCUACAGAAAAGUAGACAUCGAAGAGGCGAGGGACAAGGUCGAACAUGGUAGUGCGUUGGUGCAAUUACUUGGUGCAACGACCCAGCUUAAGGAGUUGGGACUGCAGAUAUUCCCAGACCUCAAGCAGAGCCACAUUCUAGCGCCGACUUGGCGUGAUCCUGAGACCUGGCGGCAGAGUUAUCCUUAUCUCACGCUACAAAGAGUCGUUGAGGAAGUACGGCUACCACGCUUACAGCGUCUGAAACUGGAGAAAGUUACAACUUCGCCUGAGGUUCUGCUCGGGCUUGUUCGACCUUGUGCAGGACAUUUGACAAGCGUGAAGAUCCGAGACGUUCGUCUACUCUCCGACGAACAGCAUCCACGCCCUUGGCAUUCUAUCUUCACCUUCCUCCACGACUCAUGCCCCAAGCUAGGUUACAUCCUCUUCUACCACCUCCUCUACGAAGGCGGUGGCAUAAGCUUCGUCGAAAAUCCACCCAUGCCCCUACCUCCCUCCGAGACAGACCCCACAACAGGCGCACCCAACCCAGCUUUCAACGACAGCGCUGUAUCCGUCGUUGACGAGUUUUUCAUCAAGUAUGAGCACAUUACUUUGCAAAUCCACGGCGCGCAGGCAGUGAAAGCAAAGUUGGAAAGGAUUAGAGAUGAACACUGGUAUCACAAGCCUCUAUUUAGCUAUCUGAUGGAUGAGGAGGCUUGGCAUACUGAUACUAGUGAUGAGGAGUGGUGA